AUGAAGGGCUUCCUGCGCCUCGCGAUCUCCGGAUUGCCCCUGGUGGCCGCGGACUGUCCCAGCUCGCCGAGCGCGGUGCAUGCCAGCUGCAAGGUGUCAGUGACAGCCAAUGCGCCUUGCGCACAAGUCAUGGCUGAGAUGAAAGCGCGUGUGGAUGGGCAGUCAACAGGACUUUGGCACGACCCUCACAACAACGGCACCUACUCCAUGCUUGAUGGAGCACAGGACACCUUGGACUUUCAGCGAAUCACCGGGAAUAAGAAGUACACCGACAAGCUGCGCUUUGACUUCAAAGACGUCGGAAACCAAUGCGAGAUCUCCGGCUGCAGUGCCAGCCAAGUCUUCUCCAUUGCUGACUUCUCCACAAACUACUGCAACCUCCGCAUGUUGUACUGCAGUAGCCAGGACGGUUGCCAUCCAGUGAAGUUUGACUUCAACGCGAAAGAGACUGACGUGAAGCCGUCCCUUGGUGCUGGAAAGAAUCCUUCGGAUUGUUUGAAGGUCGCCGAGGUGUCGCAAGACUUCUUGGCACCGACACAAUGCCCACCCGCGGGCUUUGACACGGUGCAGGACUUCGACCUGGAGAAGUUCAUUGAGAAGCGCUGGUACAUUCAACAGCAGAUGGCGGUGAAUUACCUGCCCGCGAGCCAGAACCGCUGCGUCUAUGCGGAGUACCAGCUGCGCGAGAAGAAGUCCUUCUGGGGCUACGACGUCAGCGUUCACAACCACGCGGAGGAAGUGGCGGCGCCGCACAAGGUGCACGACAGCGGCAAGACGCUCUGUGCAAAGGUGGUGGACAAGGCGCGUGGGAAGUUGGAGGUGGCGCCCUGCUUUCUGCCCACCGUGGCGGCGGGACCUUACUGGGUCUUGGAUUACAGCGAAGAGGAGGGCUAUGCCUUGAUCUCAGGCGGCGCCCCCAAGGAAUCCGCCGGCGACGCGGGGUGCCGCACAGGUACCGGCACCAACGGCGCGGGCUUGUGGAUCUUCACACGGCAACAGAAGAGGGAUGAGGCCUUGGUACAGAAGGUUCGAAGCAUCGCCAAGAGCAAGGGCUUUGACUUGUCCGUGCUGAACGAUGUGGACCAGAGCGAGUGCAGCGAGGCCGCUUCGCGGCGAAGCGAAGCGAAGCGAAGUCCUGGUGGAGCCACCAUCAACGACAUCCGGCAGAAAGCUGGAAGCCAAGUGAACAUCUCUGUGCUGUUGGGGGCCCCGAGACUGGGAGCUGGGAGUGUUUACGAGAAUCGCAUUGGAAUUGGUCUUCACAGUACUGGCAAUCAACGUUUUCCUCCGUAUGAUGCCCGCUUGGCAGUGGCAUGUUCCGAAGAUCAGUACAACGAGCUCAUGAAUGCUCUGCAAGAGUACAUGGACCAGAACUCCUGCACUUCGGAUUGCCAAACCUGGGCUCAAAUAUGUGGCGUUUUCACGUUGUGCAUUCCUCUCUGCGCGGCGAAUUGGUGGGUGUCGAACUACACCUCCCGGUUGAAGGACAUCACCAAAGCAAAGACAAAGACCUGGUCGUGCGAAGCUCGGAUUCAACUCAUGAACAAGGACGAGACACGACGCGCUUCCAUGGUCCCUGAGCAAACGGCCUAUGAUCAACAUGGCCAGCCCCUGAUCGUAACGAAUCUGCAUGGCAGCGCCCCGGAGUGGCCUCCCCUGGGCUACAACGUCAUCCUGGUGUUGCCCAUGAAGGCGGAGGACUGGGCGCAGCAAUGGAUCCCAUCGCAGCCGAUGAUCGGCAUGCCACAGCAGGAAGCCAUGAAUCAGACAUGA